AUGGUGACAAACGCCAAUGCAUUAUCAAUCCAAGUGCCUCAGCCUGGGUCAACACAGGCCGGAGGUCGCGUGCGCUUUGACAUUGCCGAUGCGCACGGCCAAAGAGAUAGUAUGGAUCAGAAGGCCUUGAUCAAAGACCUCUGCAGCGCUCUUAGUUCGACAUGUCCGGACUGCCUUGGUUUCCUGCAAGCGGAUGAGCAUCGCUUUGAGUUGUAUCCAAGGGAACAUACUUCCUCAGUGAGCCAUUUGGGUACCGUCUCGCUCGAGCAGUUGCUUAGCAGCACAUACACCUUGACGAGACACAAGCGUUACUCGCUGGCACUCACGUUAGCUUCAUCGUAUCUCCAACUCAGUGCAACGCCAUGGCUCAAUUCUCAUUUGCGCAAGAAGAGCAUCGUCUUUCUGGAAGAUCCCACCGAGCCAGGAUCGGCGCGUUUGGACCAGCCCUACAUCUGCCAGGAUGUUCUCAGCACGGCUGAUAUGUCUGCGACAGACACACUCUCGUGCCUCGCUAUUCAAUGGAGCAGGUCGGUCGCCGAAGAAGCAGGACCUGAAUUUGCAGAGGCCGUCGAGUGGUGUCUCCAUACCAAGGCGCUCAGCGAAACUAGUUGGCGGACAGAUCUGUGGAAGCAUGUCAUCGUGCCUCUUGAGGCUUGUCAGGUGUCGCAGAAACCAAUUUCGGUGUGA